UUGCAAGAAGUUUUGCACAUUUUGCAAAAUAAUUCUUCCCAUUUCGCUAAGGUAUUGGCUCUGCUUUAGCGAGAUUGGUAUCGAAAGCCAAAACAGUACCCUUUGGCCAUAGAACAAUAAAAUAACACUAUGGCAAAGGUGUACAACUUGUUUCUUUUGUUGUGUUUUGUUGCUGUGAUACCAACCUUGCAUGCCAAUAUCUUAGCGAAUACUACGUAUGCGAAACAACAUAUCACAACAAUUGACAAUGAAUAUUGGAAAGAAAAGGCGGCAAUUGCUAGAAAGAUGAGUGAAGAAGCAUAUUUUCCUGAUCCGCAUGAACUUUCUAGAAAUUUUACCUCUCUUAUUACUGAAGACAUAGCUGGUAACAGCCAUGUAAGAAGGAACUUGAAUGGUCAAAGGGCAGGAGUUGCAUGUGAGGCAACCAAUAACAUUGAUAGAUGUUGGAGGUGUGACCCCAAUUGGGCAGAUAAUCGCCAAAAACUUGUAAAUUGUGUUCAAGGUUUUGGAAGAAAAACUACUGGAGGAAAGGGAGGUCCAAUCUACAUAGUUACUAGUCCUGCUGACAAUGAUAUGGUUAAUCCAAAACCAGGUACCCUUCGCCAUGCAGUCACAAGAGAUGGACCUUUGUGGAUUAUCUUUGCUCGUAGCAUGAAUAUUAGACUCAACCAAGAGCUCAUGGUGUCUAGUAACAAGACCAUCGACGGAAGAGGAGUUGAUAUCUACAUUACUAAGGGUGCAGGCAUCACCCUCCAAUACGUCAAUAAUGUCAUCAUCCAUGGAAUCAAGAUUCAUGAUAUUGUUCCAGGCAGCGGUGGACUUAUUAGAGAUUCUGAAAGUCAUUUUGGGUUUAGGACACGCAGUGAUGGUGAUGGAAUCUCCAUCUUUGGUGCUAGCAAUAUUUGGAUUGACCAUGUUUCCAUGAGAAAAUGUUCUGAUGGUCUUAUUGAUGCUAUUAUGGGAUCCACAGCUAUUACCAUCUCUAAUAGUCAUUUUACAGACCAUAAUGACGUGAUGCUCUUUGGUGCUAAUGACGAUCACACAAUUGAUAAAGUGAUGCAAAUCACCCUGGUUUUUAACCACUUUGGUAAGAGGUUAAUCCAAAGGAUGCCAAGGUGCAGAUUCGGAUUUGUGCAUGUUGUCAAUAAUGAUUAUACUCAUUGGGAAAUGUAUGCCAUUGGUGGUAGCAGUCAUCCAACAAUUAUUAGUGAAGGCAAUCGGUUUGUGGCUCCUGAUAAUAACAAUGCUAAAGAGGUCACAAAGAGAGUAACCACUGGAGAUUGGAAAUCAUGGCAAUGGAGAUCGAUCAAUGAUGAGUUUGAGAAUGGAGCAUUUUUUGUACAAUCUGGACCAGAAAUGGUAACCAAACCAUUCUCAAGCAAGGACAUGAUUGCAGCAAAGCCUGGUUCAUAUGUGCAAAGACUUACUUCUUUUGCUGGCUCCCUUAAAUGUAGAGUUGGUCAACCUUGCUAGAGAAAUCGCCUCUAUUUUUUCUUAUAAAAUUCUCUCGUUGAUGCAUGCCCAAAUUGAGCAUUAGCAAAAGAAAGAAAAGAGAAACGGGAAGGGAGUGGAUGGACGCAUGCACGAUGAUAUCCUAUACAAUGCGUAAUAUUUUUUCUUGUUCAUUGUCAUAGGAUUAAAACGAUUUUGGAAAAAUGUUGAAAGUAAUUGUAGAAUUCUUUAAUUCUUUGAUACUUUGAUAAUGAAAUAUAUCAUUAAAGUCAA